AUGGUAGCGUCAAAGGUGCGUGGUUUCGGGUUUAUAAUUUUUGAAAACUAUUUACCUAUUGAGAAAUUUUUUUUACCAAAUGGCCUGGAUAGAGACUUGCAAGAGUUUAUGAGGAACUACUUUGAAUCUAGCGAGCAACGGUGGAAAGUUAGAUAUGAACGUGAAUUGUCGCUUGCGGAAUUUCUUUCGCUAAAAGGGGUAGAACGAAAACUUAUGGUCGAAGUAAAGAGCUUACACGUAGAUUUGGUUGAUGUUGCAAUCGGUAGAGAUGUUAUCUCUCUGGAGUCCUGUGACACGGUGGGAGAGUGUUUGCUUCGGUCUCAUCUAUCUGUUGAUAUCCUUUUCUGGCUGCUGGACAACUGGGUUGCAUUCUCGAACAAGUCUUGCAUAUCUGAAUUUGGGAAUGUGCUGAUCAAAUACAUGGAUUUAAUCAUUGAAAACGGGUUUGUGCUCGCUCAGAGAUCUCUGGCUCACAAGUGGUGUUCAUUACUGAAUUAUUCUAUGCGUGCGAUUAAAGCAGUGGAUUCCAUCGUACAUGAACAUCUGUUGUGGAGAAUGUUGACAUGCUUAAAAAGUGCUGUUGAGAGAUCAUAUGCUGUGGAAAAUGCCGGUUCACUCCACUGGAUGUUUACCAUUGUAUUUGCCACUUUGCAAAUGGGUGUUACGCUUGCUGGUAGCGAACGGUGUUCUAAUGCAAUAACUUCUCUUUUGAUUUCUUCGAUCAAUACGCUGACAGCUAUUGGAGAAACAAUUAAAAAAAAUUUGAACAGUAGUAUUUAUGAAAAACUUGCCAGUGAUUAUGGUUUAUUUGGACUACCACUGGAGCUCCUCUUGUAUGAGUGGCCGUCUCCAGUUCUUACUCUUUUAUCACGGCCCUCCAGUCCUCUAGCUUCUUGUACAGGUUUAUCACCAUACUCAGCUUUCUUUACUGCUCAUUCUCUACCCGCGAAUGCGCAAAGUAGUGGGUGGAAUAACAAACAGAAGGUUUCGCAUCACUGGCACGUAAAAAAACAAGGGUCGUCGAUUUCUGAUGCUGAAAGCAGCGAAUUAGUUAAAAACGGGAGAGGUGUGCCAGGUUUCUCGAAGCCGUUGUUGUCUGUUAAUGGGAGUCUUAACGAUCUUAUUGCCCAGGAUGAGAUGGAGUGGUUUGAGUUAUAUGAUAUUAAUAUUAAUGGAGAACACGAAUCACAUCACAUGGGUUCUAGUGGCAUUCCUUCGGCGGCUCCACCUGGAACUGGGGUUUUCAGAAUCAACGAGAAUUCUUGUGCCUCUGAGUCCUUCCACCGUGUUCGCCUUUCACCUUCGCAGCUGAGUGGUUUAAUAGAAGUUGAGCCGUUGACUUUUACCUGUGUUGCUGCUUCUGACCACGUUAAAGUUGAGAAUCUUGAAACAGGCUCAGUUACCACUAUCAGCUCUUCUUCAAAUUUGUCAGCUGGACAACAGUCAAAUCUGAGGCCCUUUCCUUUGAAAACGACAAGGGUUUCGUGCCUAGGUGCUUCUACGCCUGUUCCUCAGCAAUUGGCGGCUAAAGCUCAAGAGGUUGGGUUGGAGCAGACACUAAUUAAAGAAAAAAUAACGAGGAUAAGUAGGCAUCGAUAUACCGAGCAUCAUCACAACUUCCUGCUAGUGAAGUCAGAGCUCUGGAGAAAAAUUAAGCUUUUUUGGGAUACCGAAAAGCAUUCCGACUUGCCAUGUUCUACCGAGAAACAGCCAUCAUCUGAAGAAAGAACAGUUGGAGAGAGAAAACUUCAAUUUACCGAGGAUCAAACACAUUUUCCUCGGCAGUUGUUCACAACUGUUGCCGUUGUUCCGUCUGAUUUACUUCGGCCUCCUCCUCGUCAGGUUCUCACAAUUGAAAGAAUGGCUCUUGGUGAUUUCCAAAGCUGUUCUGAAUACCAUGCUCUUUGCAAAUUAGUCUUUUUAGUAGCUCUGUUAAAAGUUCUUUGGGCGGGUGUAGGUACUCGUCGGUUUGUCGUGUUAGAUUUCGGGUUACCUGUAUUGCUGACGGAUAUAGUAAUUCCUUCUUGUGCCGAAUUGUCAUCGUUGUUCGUAGAUAUUUGGUUACUAGGAGAGAGCAUUGACGGCCGAAGGUUGACAGGUUCCUCACAGAUAGGUUGUAAAAGCAUUAUUCUCCAAGACCUUGCACCGAACAUGCUGGUGAGGUUCCUAAAGAUUACGUACGUUGGUCGGCAGGCUUUCAGUUCUUCGUGCCGCAUACCAAUUGGACUUUUUUUUGGACAUCGGUUUUUUUCCACCUGGCAGACUUAUGCUUGUCCUUUGCUUCUCGGCACUUCUGCUUCAUCUGUAUCUUUAUACACUGAUAAAGGAGUGAGUCUUUCACAACUGCGUCAUCUUUGCGAAGACCUUCGUUGCAGACACCAAUUGUCAUGUACUGAGUUGCAACGCUUAGUGAAAGAGCGUGCUGCUACGAAAGAAGUGAGGCGUACUUAUAAAGAAUGCAUAUAUAUUCGAGCCCAGUGGAAUAUCUUUCAUAAUGUCGUUCGCCGCAUAGAAAACGACUUACGCUCUCCUAAUGGUUUGAUCACUGAACGUAGAUGUGGUUGGUCAACGUGUUGCUUUGAUCAGCUAAGGGUAACGGCCGGUGAAAUAUGCACUUUGUUGAGUGUGUCUGCUCAUUUUUUGGAUGUUCGGGCUAUUGCAGUUUUCACAGCCGCUCAUGCGGUUUCUUCUUUCGCUUCGCAGGGGGUUGGUCUCAAAUCUAUUCCCAUACUCGAGGCGGCGUCUGUUGCUCCAACUGUUGACCAAGUUGCACCGUUGCUGUUAACUUUGGAGACAGCUGUGUUACAUUUUUGCCUCUUCUGUACUCUUAAUUUACCGUUGCUUCAGCCAUCUAAGGUUAAAUGUGCUACAUGGAUCUUUCAACACGGGGCUUGCACCCAAUGGUGGCCACGUUUCUUUCCUGCUGUCUUAGCAAAAGUCUUUGCCGCUCCGUAUAAGAAGGGGGAUGAAAAGCAAACGUCUUUGUUUCUGAAGGAAGCUUACGAAAAUUUCGUCAUCAGAUCACUUUUACCUGGGUUAAAGUUAAGUUAA